GUCUCCAUGACAACGUGGAGCAGGCGGGGUUUGCCAGCUCAAGGCAGAAUCUAUCAUUGAAAGCUCGAAAUCUCCACGGUGCAUCACGCCCUGAGUGGGAUGGAAGAAAAGGACAAGAAAGAAAAUGGGGAGUACAUUGGAGAGAUCAAGGGGGGUCUGAGGCCUUCAAUGAAACUGGUGGUUAUGGGAAUUGUUGACAAAAAACCUAAGAGCAUGGAGGUGACUGUGUCCAGUAAACCUCGGGAGGAGGACACAGAGGCUGAUGUGGGUCUUCAGCUGAAGGUCACUUUCAGGGACAAGGCUGUCCAACGUAACGCCCGUCUGGCUGGAAAGUGGGGUCCGUCUGAAAACACCCUCUCCUUCUUUCCAUUUGCGGCUGGAGAAGCUUUCAAGAUGGAGAUCGUCUGUGAGCACCAGCAGUUUCGUAUCCUGGUGGACGGACAGCCUCUGUGCGGCUUCAGCCACCGCCUCUCCCCGCUCGCCUCCCUCACCUCCCUACGAGUGUUUGGAGAUGUGCAGCUCACUAAAGUGGCCUAACCCGGGACAGUAAACUACAUAAUGUGAUUAGAGUAGAGCCCCCUCCUUGAGAGAAUAAUUUGACCUUUCGACAGGGAUGAUGCGUUUCCACUU